AUGGCUCCUCAUAUUACUAAUACUCUUGCUAACAACACUAACUCUCUUGUGAAGCAAGGAAGCAUAUCAAGUUGUGCAUAUGUUACGUUUUUGGCUGGUGAUGGAGACUACUGGAAAGGUGUUGUGGGGUUAGCCAAGGGGUUGAGGAAGGCCCAAAGCAAGUAUCCACUUGUGGUGGCUAUCUUGCCUGAUGUUCCUGAGGAUCAUCGCAAGAUUCUUGUUUCUCAAGGGUGCAUUGUGAGGGAGAUAGAGCCUGUUCAUCCUCCUGAGAAUCAGGACACUCAAUUUGCUAUGGCUUAUUAUGUCAUCAACUACUCCAAGCUUCGUAUCUGGGAGUUUGUGGAGUACAGCAAGAUGAUAUAUUUGGACGGUGACAUCCAAGUAUUUAAUAACAUAGACCACCUCUUCGACAUGCCUGGUGGCUACUUCUACGCUGUGAUGGACUGUUUCUGUGAGAAAACAUGGAGCAAUAGCCCACAGUACAAGAUUGGUUACUGCCAACAGUGUCCUGAUAAGGUGAAAUGGCCUGCUGAGAUGGGUGCUAAGCCUCCUCUUUAUUUCAAUGCUGGCAUGUUUGUUUAUGAGCCAAAUCUAUCCACAUAUCAUGACCUCUUGGAGACCCUCAAAGUCACCCCUCCUACCCUCUUUGCUGAGCAGGAUUUCCUGAAUAUGUUUUUCAGGGAUGUUUACAAGCCAAUUCCUUCAGAUUACAACCUUGUAUUGGCCAUGUUAUGGCGCCAUCCUGAGAACAUUAACCUCGACAAAGUCAAAGUUGUUCACUAUUGUGCUGCUGGGUCUAAGCCAUGGAGGUACACAGGAAAAGAAGAGAACAUGGACAGGGAAGACAUCAAGAUGUUGGUCCAGAACUGGUGGGACAUUUACAAUGACGAGUCCUUGGAUUACAAGAACCCUGUGGUUGCUUCUGCUGGAUCUGAUCUGCAACAACUCUUGGCGGCGCUGCACGAGGCUGGUGUUGCUCACUACUUUACAGCCCCAUCUGCUGCUUAUUUGUUGAUUGUUGAUAUCCCCUAUAUUUUCAAGUGGGAUAUUGUUAUUUUGAAUUUGCUUGUCACUUUGGGAGGACCUUUUAUCCCUCCUCUAGGGUCUUGGAGGUACACAGGAAAAGAAGAGAACAAGGACAGGGAAGACAUCAAGAUGUUGGUUCAGAAAUGGAGGGACAUUUACAACGACGAGUGCUUGGAUUACAAGAACACUGUGGUUGCUUCUACUGGAUCUGAUCUGCAACAACUCUUGGCGGCGCUGCACGAGGCUGGUGUUGCUCACUACUUCACCGCCCCAUCUGCUGCUUAG